GAUGAGAGUAUUGUUACAUCUGGAAAAUAUUUUAGUUAUUGGUUACUAACCAAGUGCAUAAGAAAACACAUUUCAAUAACAAAUUUUCUAGUCAAAAAAUUGGAUCGCUGUAUCGAAAAAUGUUUUGUUUUUUGUUCAUUUUGCGCCUUCAUGUCCGCCCUUUCAACCCUCCUAGUUGUCGGAACGCGUCGGAUCUUGCGAUGGCCCGCCUCUCCCCUAUGCACUUUUAUCUGUGUGUUUGUUAAUCGGUUUAGUGUAGAAGCGGCUGUUUUGCUGUCGUCGUCGUCGACAACGAUUGCGAAUAGUACUGGGCCAGCGCCGCUGUCAUUUGUUGUCGCUGUCCCUUCAGAAGCGCCACAGCGAAGCCGGCGGAUGCUGUUGCUGUAACGAAUGAAGGUCCGAAAUGAAGAGGGGCUUUGCGUACAGCCAUACCUACAGCACAAAUUCACUACACAUUAUCAUCUGCUGAUAAACAAACAAGACAGGGUGCUCUGAAACAACGACGGCUAUUUUCGGAAUACGAGAUGCUUCGAAAAAGAUAGUUGUUUUUUUUUUGUUUCUGUGUCUAGCAUCGUCUCAGCGAAUGAUAGGAUUACGUCGCGAUCGUCGAUAAACCUUUGUUGGCCUAUGCCACAAGCUGCCUGAGGAGUUCCGGCGACCGACGGAGCAAGGCGCAACAUCACUAUACAGUUGUAGUAAUAGCAGUGUUGCUGUUAGCUAUGCAUUGCUGGUAACGGCAAGGGCGUAAAAACUGAAAAGAUUUCGUGGCGACCAACUGUAGCGCACCCACAGGUGUGGCGGAUGUAUCGAUAGCAGCAGUCGUCGUGGUGCAAGCUGGAUGCUGUUUGCGGCUGAGCUAGCCUCGCCAUCUGCAUCUGCAGCAGCAGCAGCAGCAUUGCCGUUCAGUGGGUGAGGCUGUGUUUGUGUUACCGCCGCUGCCGAGUGGUGACCACAGAAUUUCUACUCAUUUCGAAGGUUGGCAACAGCGAUUACCAUUAUUCGAUACGAGAUGGGCAGCUGUCUCAGCUCGCGAGAGCGGUCGAGACCAUCUAGUGCUGACGUUCAGGUCGGCAGCGUUCAGCUAUCAGCAAUCACAAUGGGUAAGAACCAGGCUUUACGAAACGAGCCACUUAAGUGGAGAAGUGAAACGCCAAUAACGGAGGGCCAGUUGCGCUCGAAGAGAGCUGAGUUCUGGGAUACAGCGCCAGCCUUCGAGGGUCGUCGUGAGAUCUGGGACGCUCUAAGAGCGGCUGCAGUGGCCGCUGAAGGUGGUGACUACGCCCUGGCGCAGGCCAUCGUUGACGGGGCGAGCAUAUCCUUGCCUGGUGGGACCUUGCUUGAAUGCUACGAUGAACUUGGCAAUCGUUAUCAGCUUCCAAUUUAUUGUCUUUGUUCUCCAAUCAAUCUUGUUGAGGAUUCAUCGAGUUCUUUGAGCGACAGCCCAUCGCCGGAAAGCGAGCCGUACGUCAGUGGCGAGGAACUCAUUGUGAAGGUUCGCACCUCAACACAGGGACCCGAUAUGAAACUAACGCUCCGCACAGGAGAGACAAUUUUACAUGCUAAACGCAGGCUACAGGGAGCCAUUGAAGUGGACGCUGCUAACCAACGAUGGUUUUUCGGCGGAAAAUUGUUACAGGAUAAGCAAAAAAUUAGUGAGACCAAGCUUCAGUUCGGUCAUGUAGUUCAAGUGGCGCUGCCACCACCUCCGUCCAAUGACCAGAUGACGUGAGGUUGCAUUCUCCUACAGUUAUGCCGAGUGAUUUAGCGACAACACGCCACAACAAAGAUGGCAUAGGCUUUAAUCUGUUCAGCAUACCGUUUCAGAAGUAUAAGCUUCCUUUGGUAAAUGUCUAACGCUAGUGACGGCUUUGAAUAAGUCGUCAUACAAGAAACGUUAGGAGCCAUCUUGAUAGCGGUGUACUGAGCGUUUUAUCUACGUAAAGUAUAGGGAUAAAACAUAAAGGUCUAAGGCGAAGCAGGCUAGUGAAACAGUUGUCGGUCGAAUUGUGUGUGUAUAUUUAUGUCGGCCGAACGACAACUUGGUUGGUUGAGGCAAACCUCAGCCCAAUCAUGUGGAUCAACAGGGCUCUGAAUUAUUUAGUUUAAAAGGAUAAAAUGUACAUGGCUGCCAGCUCAAAUGAGCAUUUGCGGAGAUGCCUGCGUAAAUGUAUGAUGGAUCAUCGAUUGAAGAUGAGAAUAUAGCAGUGUGCAAUAAUGGCCAUAUUGUUUCAAGCCGGGACCAUUGCCUUGCGAGCUAAACAGGUUCUAGGUUUAGGCUCGUCGAUAAGUACAGGCGAGGACUUCUCUACUAACUGAUUCUACUAGGAAUACUUGAAUUAGCAGCCAAGCUUUUUGAUUAGGAUUUCACUUUAUCCGUUCGAUAAAUCUACCAUCGAGCCAGUGAAGUGAGAUGAUACACAAAUGAUUGUUUUGCUAUGAAUUCUAGAUGAUUAUCGAGCUUCUUGAGCCGACAAUAUAUGAUUUUGCAUAACGACUUCAUCUUAAAGAUAGAUAUCAGUGACUCAUGGCCGACAAAAGCAAACGAGCGCGAGGGUUCAGAGGAAAUCUCAUCGCCAUUCCGCAGUCGCUACGUUAAGAGAGACAAAUUGCUAAGAUCGAGCAGUUCAUAUGGCGUAAAAUAUACUUUGUUCUGCAAUUGCCCAGCUUGACGUUGCGAGAUAGAUGCCAUCUGCUGAAACAUCUUAAUUAUGUUUAACGAAGUUGCAUUAAUAAUAGCAAAAUAAUGAUAACGAGAGUGACACAAUGAUAAUUUAAUUGCACGCUAGAUACGUUUAAGAAUGGGAUUUUCUACAAGCCGUUCCUUAAUUUGUUGGCUGCAAAGCUGGUAAGCGUCAGUGUGUAUGUGCCAUGAAAAGAAUCUCACAGUAAGUUGGUCGUUCAGAGUCCACAACAAAGUAAAUAGAUGGUUGAAGAACGACACAUUGUACAUUGUAUUUAAGACACAAAUUGAAAAAUUAACAAAUUCUCUCUCUCAUAUAUAUAUAUAUAUAUAUAUAUAUAUAUAUAUAUAUAUAUAUGGUAGU